AUGCCUGGGUCGAAUAUGGCAUCGAAACCUUUAAAGAGGGCUCGACAAGAGGACACCGAUGAGCAAGAAAGAAUCGUCAGAAGCCGCUCGAGCGUGGCUUGCCAAGCGUGUCGGUUGGCCAAGACGAGGUGCGACGUUAACCCGUUCGCGCCUCCGUGUACGCGUUGUGCCGCUGCAUCAAUUCCCUGUUGCGUCCCGGAAAGUCGAAGAGGACGCAUGAAGGGGAGCAAGAAUUUCCGAACCUGGCAGCAAAUGUUGGACGUCGAACCACCAGCAACAUCCGAACCCUCACACCAGCGAUCUGAUUACCAUUCACACUCGGGGCCCGAUAAUGUGGGACAAGAUGGCCGCGAUAGUCCACAGCCUCAGGAAUCGGGGACAAUCACACCACUGGAUCCACAUAACUUGAUGAAAAGCCUCGAUCAGGAUUUAUACAGCGACUCGAGCCGUUUCACAAGACGGUUGCUGCGAUACCUUGGGGAACAAUUCCCUGUGGGCACCAAAAGUGAAUCACAAAAUACAAACGAAGUUUCAGGAGGUUUUGAAGACUUGUUACCAUCCAUCACCAAGAUCGCCAAGCAAGGCUGGGUGCUCGGUGGGCCAGGGCUGGCCAAGAGAAUUCGACAUGCGGUUUCACUGCCUAUUGCCGAGCUACCACCAGAGGAUGCGCAGCUGCUGAAACAAUGGACGCCGCAGGCUCUGCAGCAGGUCGUGGGUGAGACGACAAAGUAUUUUGAAUAUGGCCUGAGAGGCUCCAAGCGCGACGUGGCGAUGAAAAUUGACCCUUUGCAGAGAGGCAUGAUAACCGAAGCCAGGGCUCCGACAUUAUUUGAAGCAUACUUCAAAAUGGUCCAUCCUCAAUGGUCAAUGCUCGAUCCUAACUUACACACGGUCGACUUUGUCCGCCACCAGUCUGCCCUUCUAACCACCACUAUCUUGGCGCUAGGCUCGAUUGCCCUGGCAACUCUGCCAGAUAGCGAUGAUGCCCAGGUUGCUGAGGCCUUGAAGCUACGUGCUCACGCCGAGAAGCUGAGUCUGGUUGUCUACUCGACAGGUGCACGCUCCUUGGAGAUAGUGCAGGCUCAAGUGUUACUAUCUCGGUUUGGGGGAUCCUCAAAGACACGACUAGAUGAACAGAGAUGGCUUCGUUCUGCUAUGAUUCCACGCAUGGCGGCCGAGGUAGGACUUGGCGGAUCUGGUCCACGUGGCCACACCGGAAACUCACUUGAUAAAGCGACCGACGAUGAUCACUGGAACGAGUUGCGCACUCGAGCAUUCAUGAUACUGAAUGAGUACCGAUUUUCCACCUUUUCUGGCCGUGCGCCCUUGGACAUGUCUUACUUUGAACUCCCAGAAGCCGAUAUCAAAGUCAUGUCUGCCCUUGGUGCCGAUCAUCUGUCUUCUAGCCUGCCAGCAUUGUAUCACCUCUACCUCUUUCAGAGAGAAGUUGGACGAAGACUUGAGAUAGCCACCACGACGGCCUCUUCCGCCGUUUCACAGCUCGAGGCUGAUUUGGGCUGGGUUGUGCAUUAUACCGAGAAAUGGAUCACAAAGUGGUCCGCUGGCAAUUCCAAUCCUGGGACCAGCUGGCAUCUUCUUCACGACGCAUUGAGCUGCCAGCUUCUCAUGUCAUCUCGAAUUAUUGGCCGAAUACCUCAAACUGAGGGACAGGCGGCCCAUAAGAAAUAUCUGCUCGAUAUAGCCAUCCGCAUCUUUCAAGAAGCCCUCGACGCUCCCCAAGGAACGCACAUGACGCAUCGAGCUAGUAUAUUUCCCUUCGCUGGUGCCCUGAUCCUUCAGUGCAGCGACAGGCGUGAUCUGGUGCUUCGACUUGCCCUUCGGAUGGCCGGUCGCCCCAAUAAGCAGUAUGUGCCUACAUUUAUACGAAGUGCGGGUAACCAGCUGCUAGCCAUGCUUUGUUCAAAUCAUGGUCAAUAUCAGCCACGGACGCAAUUUGCGAAGAAACCGACAGAGACACCCAAAGAUGAAGAGAGCUGCCUAGACGAGGCACGCCAAACGGAACAUCAUGCAAUUCCUUGUGCGGCUAAUCAGCAGACUUCCCGACAUUUAGAGUCCGUGUGGAACUCAGAGCCCGAGUGUGACUUAGAUCUGGCUCCCUCUUCGCAGGGUCAUGGCUUUGACGUCGGCCGAGAGGAUGCGCUUUCAUCAGAGAGCAGCCGUAGAUCGACACUAAGGACUACUGAGCAUGGCAUACAGGGCACUGGGCUACAACAACAAGCAGAAAGACCAGCGUCCGAAGACUUCGAAAUAACUAUGGCAGUCCCAGUCUCCCAAGAGCAUGCAGCCACUCCCCAGAAGGACAUCUACUCCACCACGGCUCAGGCUUAUGCUGGGGAUUUUCUCAGCCUUGAUCCUUCGUGGGAAUUUCCAUGUGUACCUACCAUGUUAAGCCCGCAAGCACCUCUCUUCCCUCAGCAUGAGCCCAUUACGGAUCUUGACAUGUUGAUGAGUGGAGGCCAAGUUUGGUCUUUCAGGGAUGGGAGCCAGCAGCAAGAUGAAUUCGCUUACAUGAACCCAGCUGAAACAAGUCCACCGAUACAGCACUACUUGGGCGUCUUCUCAGACCCUCUGGGAGAUCCUUUACCCAACAGAGAUGACAACUUGGUGCCAGGUGAUGGUGAGGUUGGAGCGAUGCUGCCCGGAUGGGACACCUGUUUCUCUGCGAACACCACUUCCGCUAUUGAUGGUGAUGGGCAGCAGACACUAAAGGAGAGGCAGGAUUAUCGACAGACUCUUUUUCAGACCAUCAGCCGGCUUCUGGAAAUGGCCUCAGCAUCUUGA